AUGAGAGAUUUUGUUUCUUGUUUUAGUGAACACUCCAUUAACAUUUCUCAUCCUUCUUGCUCUAGCUACUCCAAUGCCGCCGUUGCCGCCGUCUCUACCGUCGUCUCUCCCCCGUCGCCGUCAGUGAAAACAGCCGUCACAAGUCUUUACGCCACCACUCUCUCCGCCGCCCACAAUCAAACGAUGAUGAUUUCAGUGACAUGGAUGAAAACCCACUCCGCUCAAAGCUUAGCCAUAAAUUUCACCCAAUCUCCGGCCGCCAUAGCCUUCAAACUCGACACAACUGCUCGAUUCUUCAAGAAAAACAAAGGGUCAAAAUCCUACGACUUCCAAUCCUCCAAAAUCGAAAUCCUCUGGGAUCUUGCCGCCGCCAUUUACGACGGUGGACCGGAACCAGUUUCAGGAUUUUACGUCUUGAUAACAAUAGAUUCAGAAAUCGCUUUAAUUUUGGGGGAAAUUCCGGAUUCUUCACGUUUUAACGAGGAUACAGAAGGCCGAAAAUGGUGGUUGAUUUCAAGAACAGAGCACUGCUCUGGAAAUACUCUGUUUUCAACGAGAGCAAAGUUCAGUGAAAAUGGGGUAUUUCAUGAGAUCUCGAUUAGAUGCAGUGGAGAAGAAGAAGGGGGGAAAAGGCAAACGCCGGGAUUAUGGGUUUGGAUCGACAAGAAAGCGGUGAUAAGAGUGAAGAGAUUGCAAUGGAACUUUAGGGGAAAUCAGAGUAUAUUUGUUGAUGGGUUGUUGGUGGAUUUGUUGUGGGAUGUUCAUGAUUGGUUUUUUGGGUCAGCCAUGAAUGGAUUUGGAGUGUUCAUGUUUAGAAGGAGGAGUGGAUUGGAGAGUAGGCUGUGGUUGGAAGAGGAGAAGAAUAUGAUUUCUCAUAAUCAUCAAAUUCAAAAGAAUUUGGAUUUUUCAUUGUUGAUCUAUGCAAGUAAGACUUCAUGA